AUGUCACUGAACGCCCUGGAAAACAUCGGCGAAUACAAUGACUAUCAGUGGUACUUUGCCACACCUCCGUUCAUAUCACCUUCGCCUUCAGCUGGGCCAACUCCAGUCCCGCUGCAAAGCGAUAUUUUCUUUUCCCCUCUGCUGCUGUACUGCGGAUGGGUAUGCGAGGGCAUACCAUGCACGUUUGCUACAGGGAAUCUACAAGACUUCAGAGCCCAUUGUGGGGCCAGUCAUUUUGCUGGCCCCAAGGAAGUGCCGAUUGCAUGCGAAUGGCAAAAUUGCAACUACACCAAGCGUGGUGACCCCACAGUCCGUGUCAUGCGGCGCGACUCAAUAUGGCGCCAUACCUGCGAGAAACAUCUAUUUAUGAAGAGGGACGCCCACGCCAUGCUAUCUCGUUUGAUAGAUGCAUUGUCCUCCGCUCGCUCCCCAUUCAUCAAAAUGCUGGUCUUACUACUCUACAUUCCUUCAAUUCCAGCCACACUAUCCUAUCUCGUCCAAUAG